UGCCUGCCUGGGUUGCGGAAGUGGUAGCCGCUGACCGAGCCUGCUGCUUUCUCGCUACUGCUUCGGCGUCCCGGCUCCCCCACGGACGGAGAGGGAGGCCCGGCUGUGGAUGGUCGGAUAGCUUCUAUCUCCCGCCACCAACCCCCGGCCCCAAUCAGCACGGAGCAGACGGCAGCGGCGGCAGCAGCAGGCGAGGAGGAAGAUGGCGGGACGGCUGCCGGCCUGUGUGGUGGACUGUGGCACAGGGUACACAAAACUAGGAUAUGCUGGAAAUACAGAACCACAGUUUAUCAUCCCUUCCUGUAUUGCUAUUAAGGAAUCCGCAAAAGUGGGUGAUCAAGCUCAAAGGAGGGUGAUGAAAGGUGUUGAUGACCUAGACUUCUUCAUUGGUGAUGAAGCAAUAGAAAAACCUACAUAUGCAACAAAGUGGCCAAUCCGCCAUGGUAUAGUUGAAGAUUGGGACUUGAUGGAAAGGUUUAUGGAGCAGGUGAUCUUUAAAUAUUUAAGGGCAGAACCUGAAGAUCAUUAUUUUCUUUUGACUGAACCUCCACUAAAUACUCCAGAAAACAGGGAAUAUACUGCUGAAAUAAUGUUUGAGUCCUUCAAUGUUCCCGGCUUGUACAUUGCUGUGCAGGCUGUUCUUGCCUUAGCUGCAUCCUGGACCUCAAGACAAGUAGGAGAACGGACAUUGACUGGUACGGUAAUAGACAGUGGAGAUGGUGUCACUCAUGUCAUUCCUGUGGCUGAAGGGUAUGUGAUUGGCAGCUGUAUCAAGCACAUUCCAAUUGCAGGACGAGAUAUAACAUAUUUUAUUCAGCAAUUGCUGAGAGACCGAGAAGUAGGAAUCCCUCCAGAGCAAUCCUUGGAAACUGCUAAGGCAGUAAAGGAGCGCUAUAGUUAUGUCUGCCCAGAUUUAGUAAAAGAAUUUAAUAAGUAUGACACAGAUGGAUCAAAGUGGAUUAAACAGUACACUGGAAUCAAUGCCAUCUCAAAGAAAGAAUUUUCCAUUGAUGUUGGUUAUGAAAGAUUCUUGGGACCUGAAAUAUUUUUUCAUCCAGAGUUUGCUAAUCCAGACUUUACUCAACCUAUCUCAGAAGUUGUAGAUGAAGUAAUUCAGAAUUGUCCUAUUGAUGUCAGACGCCCUCUCUACAAGAAUAUUGUCCUCUCUGGAGGUUCAACCAUGUUCAGGGACUUUGGACGUCGCUUGCAGAGAGAUUUGAAAAGAACUGUAGAUGCCAGGCUGAAAUUAAGUGAAGAAUUGAGUGGUGGUAGAUUGAAGCCAAAACCUAUUGAUGUACAAGUCAUUACACACCACAUGCAGCGAUACGCAGUUUGGUUUGGAGGAUCGAUGCUGGCUUCCACGCCUGAGUUCUACCAAGUAUGCCACACCAAAAAGGAUUAUGAAGAAAUUGGACCUAGCAUUUGUCGUCACAAUCCAGUGUUUGGAGUCAUGUCGUAAAAUUGACUUCAUAGCUAUUGGGGUUAGGGAGGUGGGGAAGAAAUAGUCUUUCUGAUUACCUGUUUGUCUGGAUGGCUGGUUUUGAGGUUUUAAACCUGACUUGAAAUAAUAAGACCAAACAUAAUUAUACAGGAAUAUUUUAAUAAGUGUAUCAACAUGCAAAUGUUAGAAGAGAGCCAAAAUGAUUGUUUUUCUUUAGACUGAAUAUUUUAAUCUUAUGUGUAACAAAAAGAAGUGGGUUUUAGUUCUUUCUGUGCCCUGAUAUUUUGUAUAUUAUUGAAUUAUCCAAGAUUUGAUGGGAUUUAUCAGUAUGUAGAUAGCUCUAUAAUGCUUGAAUUGUACACUUCUAAGUGUACAGUGCAAGAGCUUGUUUAUAUUUCAUACUUUUUAUACUUUGAGGAAAAAAAGUUGAAGAAAAACUAGUAUUUGAGGGAAAAAAAGGUGACCAAGUAAAGGAUAAAUUUAAAAAAUAGCCUCAAGAGACUUGGCGUAAACACAGCACUCAUGGGAUUCCAGUUAUUAUGAAUUGCUUCCAUCUCCCAGCUCCCUGAGCACCUCCCAGUGGUUUUCUUUGCAAGUGCUUUUUGGAACUAAGCAGCUAGUACCUUGGAUUAACUGAUGCCUGCUUGUGCUUUCUGAUUACUCACAUUCUGUUUCUCGCUUGAAAGGAAAAGUAAAGACAAGGCUGUUGGACCAGUAUUGCAGUUCUGUAGUGUCAUUUCUUAAUAAAAAACAAAUAAUUUGAUUACCAAAAUUGGUAUAUUUAAAGCCUAACACCAUUCUAAUAAAGACACAAAUUUAUUUAAAUACUUGUUUCAAGCUCUUUAAUCUCUUUAUAAGUUAACUAAUCUUUUUUCUUCAAACCUCUGCAAUAGUUCUUUAAAAUCACAAAUUGGUUAGCAAGCUGACUUUUUUAUGUGCUUUUAAACAAAUAAUUGUGAACUUUUAAUAUGUUGAGUGCUUUCAUUUUGAUAACUGGACCUCCAUUUGUUACUUUGAUUUGUAUAACUCAUUUGCAGUCUGAAAAUUUUUUUAGUGCCAGUCCCUGACAUAUUAUGGAAAGUUCGUUUUCUUUGCAUUUUAAAAUAUCUGGAUCAUGAAGAAAAAGUGAUGAAAAUAAAUUAAAACUGAAUUACCUUUUCUAUUGUUUUUAUUUUUUAGGAAGCAGUUUCAUUUUACUUUGCGCUUAUGCAUUUUAUAUGAUUUCUGUCUCUGCUGGAGUGUGGGAUUCAUUCAAAUCUCUAUGAUGCGUGUGGUAGAAUCUUGUGAACUUGUUAUUUUACCAGUUACUUAUAAAAGACUAAAAUAAGAGAUGUUUUAUAGGCUUUUUAGAAUUUAGGCAGUAAUACCAGUGAAUACUUCAACUUCAUUAUCCAUAAAAACAUCACAUAGGAGUAAGUAUAACCCUAACUAAAAGUUAAAGAACUAUUUAAGUGUUGUCCUGUUUGUUUUUAAUAUAAAGAAAGAAUUGGGGAAUGAACUAUAGUUUUUAUUUAGAGUGAACCUGGGUAUUUAAAAGUAUAUUAAUCAUUUAUGUGAAUCUUAAUUCUUUGACUGUGGGAGUAAAGAACUAUGUCUUAUAGUCAUAGUAGUAUCAGACAUCUAUUUUUACUUGAAAAAGUAUUUCAUAAACAUUAUUAAAAAAACUGUUUAAAAGCACCAAAAAGUAGGUAGUGAAAGUAGGUUCCUUUCCCACUCUAACCUCAUUUUCUCAUUACACUGUUAGAAAGGUCUUGUAAAUAUUUUUAUUCUGUGCCUAUAGAAAUGAAUAUAGCUCCCUCAUUUUACACAAAUAGCUUACUGUAUGUACUGUUCUGCACUUGGCUUUUUCAAAGAUCGUUUGAUACAGAGCUAAAUUGAUAAGCAUUAAAGAUUUCAUCCUGGUCCAAUAAGAAUUACUAGCAUUGUCAUAAAAUAAGUAUGCCUUUUCCAUCUAGGAUGAUUGAACAGUAAAUGAAUAAACUCAAAACACAUGCUUAUAGAGCUGCAGAUUAUAAUCUUGUGCAUAAUUAUAUAAAGAUGUUCUUACUGUUUGAUAUGCCAAUUUGGAGGUCAGAAAUUUUCCAAUUAUCUUAUACUUAACUUGGGGAAAUAAGACUCCAGCCUUCCCUGUAUGUUUCCUAAUAUCCUUUUUGUUCUUAUUUUAUAGGAGUGAGUUAUAGUAUGAUAGGACAAUGCUCUUUUUUACAUCUCUCUUGUCAUUGUGUAUCAUUUCUUCAGUUGAGAGCACCUUUGGUUGUAUAUUACAGAGGUUGGCCAAGAUGAAUUCAGAUUUUUAACAUUGGUUGAUAUCAGGUUGCAUGAGCAUGGUACAUUGGAAAAACACCAAACUGAGUCCAGCGACUGAAGUGUUUAUUCUUGCUUUACAAAUUGAUGAUACAACUCCUUCAGCUUUGAUAUCUUUGUUGUUAUUGUUAAAAAGUAGAAAGUAUAUUUGUAUGAUCUUGGAUAAAUUCUUUGAACUUUCUGCACCUUAAUUCAAUUUAAAUAUAAGGUGGUGGUGUUAUUUUGGAUUAAUGAUGCAAAUUUUAUUAAUUGUAAGAAUAUAACCUAGCCUUUUCAGUGGAUUCAUUUGUGGUAGUUAAGAUGUUAUCUAAUGUCUCCUUUUUAAUUGGCAGGGCUUUGAUCAAAAUUGGGAAAUAUUAAUGGACAGAAAUAAAAUAGAUGGUGGUUAUCUCA